AAUUACCCGGAUGUAACCGCACAACUUGUGUACCGUCUCGCAAAUGUCUAUUCCACAAUUUGUCAUUUUCGUCGGUCCGCCAUACAGCGGCAAAACAAUGUACUACCUUCAGCACUAUGCCACCACACACGAGCGUGUAUCUGCAAGUGACCUGUUGCGAAAAGAUGCAAGUGUCGGCCUGAGGGGUGUAGUACGAACUCUCGCCGACAUACUGAAACAAGGCAAGAACGUGGUAUUGGACGACGAGAAUUGGUCACGAGAAACACGAGUGUCUUACUUGAAAGGUGUUCAGAAAAAGCACAAGUUUACUGCUGAAGCAUUUACCAUUUAAUGGUUACUACUGUUCACACCUUUGAUAUUGGUGUAGAUCUUCGGAGACAAUUGGAAGGAAAGAUUGGACAUUUAAUUAGGAUUUUUUAGUAUAAAGGCUACCCUUAAGAAGUAUACAAUGUUGUCUGAAUGUAUGAAGUUGUGAGUAGCGAAUGUAAAUGCUUGCAACAAAGCAAAUUUUUUGGCUUGCUGUGAAGCAUAGCUUCUAAGACAAUUAUGAUAAAACCUCCACUUUUUGCA